AUGGCAGCCCCCGGCUCCCCGGCGGAAUGCGGCUACAUCCGGACGGUCCUGGGCCAGCAGAUCCUGGGGCAGCUGGACAGCUCCAGCCUGGCGCUGCCCUCCGAGGCCAAGCUGAGGCUGGCGGGGAGCAGCGGCCGCGGCGGCCAGGCGGCCAAGAGCCUGCGGAUCCAGGAGCAGGUGCAGCAGACCCUGGCCCGGAAGGGCCGCGGCUUCGUAGGCAACGGGAAUCUUCACCGAGCUAGCAGUGUUCCUGAGUAUGUCUACAACCUGCACUUGGUGGAAAAUGACUUUGCCGGCCGGCAUUCCCCCGCUCCUAAAACCUAUGACAGGUUAAAGUCAGGCCAGACCAUGGCGUAUGAAGGUCGCUGGGGGAGAGGAACCGCCCAGUACAGCUCACAGAAGUCCGUGGAAGACAGAUCCCUGAGGCAGCCCCUGCGGAGGCUGGAGAUCUCCCCGGACAGCAGCCCGGAGCGGGCGCGUUACCCGCACAGCGAGUACCAGUACAGCCAGCGCAGCCAGGCCGGCCACACGCUGCGGCACCGCGACAGCCUGCGGGCCGCCCUGCAGCCGCCCCGCUACGCCCGCUCCGAGAUCCUGGGCUUCACGGCGGCGGCCGCGGGCCGGCAGCAGCGCUACUACGACACGUACCACCACCACCGGCAGGUGCAGUACGGCUCCGUGAACGACUCCGUGUUCGACGGGCCCCCUCCCAACCCCGCCGUGCGGCCCUACCCCAGGCCCGGGACCAGCCACAGCAUGAGCAACCUCCUGGAGAAAGAGAACUACCUGACGGCAGGCGCGGCCCACGGGCAGGUCAGGCCGCUGCUGCCCCUGCAGCCCACUGCCACCGCCGCCGCGCAGAGCCGGGCCGCCCGGGCCUCCUGGCACCAGAGCUCCUUCCACAGCUCACGCACCAUGAGGGACGCCGCGCCCACGGUCGCCGUGGAUUCCGGCGGGAGGAGGACGCACAUGACCUUGACCGCAGGCCAGGUGGCUGCAGGAAGUGGGACCACCUGGGCUGCAGGAAGUGGGACCGUGCAGGCCGAGAGAGCGGUUUACACAGACGCCCAGCUCAGGAAUGCAGACCUGGAGAUGACCCUGGAGCGGGCCGUGAGUAUGCUCGAUGCAGACCACACGCCACCUGCCAGGAUUUCCAUGGCGGCCACCUUCAUACAGCACGAGUGCUUCCAGAAAUCCGAAGCUCGGAAAAGGGUCUAUCAGCUUCAAGGCAUCCCCAAGCUUCUGCACCUCCUAAAAGUUCAGAAUGAAGAUAUUCAGAGAGCCGUGUGUGGGGCCUUGAGAAACUUGGUCUUUGAAGACAAUGACAACAAGUUGGAGGUAGCUGAACUCAAUGGGGUACCUCGGCUGCUGCAGGUGCUGAAGCAAACCAGAGACUUGGAGACUAAAAAACAAAUAACAGGUUUGCUGUGGAAUUUGUCCUCUAGUGACAAACUCAAGAAUCUCAUGAUAACGGAAGCCUUGGUGAUCCUGACUGAAAAUAUCAUCAUCCCCUUUUCGGGGUGGCCAGAAGGAGACUACCCCAAAGCAAAUGGUUUGCUCGAUUUUGAUAUAUUCUACAAUGUCACAGGAUGCCUAAGAAACAUGAGUUCAGCUGGCCCUGAUGGGAGGAAAGUGAUGAGACGGUGUGAUGGACUGAUUGAUUCGCUGGUCCAUUAUGUCAGAGGAACCAUUGCAGAUUACCAGCCAGACGACAAGGCCACAGAGAACUGUGUGUGCAUUCUUCAUAACCUCUCCUACCAGCUGGAGGCAGAGCUCCCAGAGAAAUAUUCUCAAAGUAACUAUAUUCAAAACCGGAAUAUCCAGAUGGACAACAACAAAAGUAUUGGGUGUUUUGGCAAUCGAAGCAGGAAAAUAAAAGAGCAGUACCAGGACAUGCCCAUGCCCGAGGAAAAGAGCAACCCCAAGGGUGUGGAGUGGCUGUGGCACUCCAUCGUGAUCCGAAUGUAUUUGUCCUUGAUCGCCAAAAGUGGCCGAAGCUACACCCAGGAAGCAUCUUUGGGAGCCCUCCAGAAUCUCACGGCAGGAAGUGGCCCAAUGCCCAUGUCAGUAGCGCACACCGUGGUCCAGAAGGAAAAUGGCCUGCAGCACACCCGGAAGAUGCUGCACGUUGGGGACCCGAGUGUGAAGAAGACCGCAGUCUCCCUGCUGAGGAACCUGUCUCGGAACCUGUCCCUGUGCAAUGAAAUUGCCAAAGAAACUCUACCUGAUUUGGUUUCCAUAAUUCCUGACACAGUUCCAAGUACUGAGCUUCUCAUUGAAACCACAGCCUCUGCCUGUUACACAUUGAACAACUUAAUCCAGAAUAGUUACCAGAAUGCCCGGGACCUUCUCAACACCGGGGGCCUGCAGAAAAUCAUGGCUAUCAGCGCCGGCGAUACCUCUGCCUCCAACAAAGCAAGCAAAGCCGCUUCUGUUCUCUUAUAUGCCCUGUGGUCACACACGGAGCUCCACAAUGCCUACAAGAAGGCUCAGUUUAAGAAGACAGAUUUUGUCAACAGCCGGACUGCCAAAGCCUACCACUCCCUUAAAGACUGA